CGGCGUGAUGCACCAUGCUUUCUGCUUGGCUUUGUUGUCGGAUGGUGGGCCAAAACAAUGGACCAUCCAACCAUUUGAAGCAAAGCCUGUAACAGCAUUCGGUGACGUGACUCUCAAACUGGCUCCAAGUGCCUGAGUACUCUUUGAGAUGUUGGUCUUGUGUUAUUGCCAACAAGUCAAACUCGACGAGAACCCUCUGCUCUAUUGAUCGCUGUGAAGAUGAUAGAGUGUUCUCUUCAGAUAUUGCCUGUGAUGAAGAUAAUGAUGUCAUUGACAUGUAUGCUGUUCCUCAGUCACCACCACCUCCCUCUCCCAGGCCGCCAUCAACUGGAUCACAAAAGUCUCCUCGUUCUCGGAGACAACGUACAACUUCGCUGUCUCAGUCAACCAAAAAGACCUGCACUGAAUCUAUUUUAAGGAGUCACACACGAACUAUUUAUACUGCUGGCCGACCACCAUGGUAUGACUCAACAGGGCAACAAGUUGAACCAUUUGUAAUUGGCAUUUGUGGUGGGAGUGCAUCAGGCAAAACAACUGUUGCUGAGAAGAUUAUUGAAUCUCUUGAUGUUCCUUGGGUUACAUUACUUAGUAUGGAUUCUUUUUACAAGGUUCUCAAUGAGAAGCAACAUGAUCUAGCUGCCAUAAAUGAAUACAACUUUGAUCAUCCUGACGCAUUCGAUUUUGAGUUAUUGGCAGAAACUCUCCAGAGGCUCAAAGAGGGCAAAAAAGUCGAAGUUCCUAUUUACAACUUUGUCACUCACUCACGAGAAAGUAGGACGAAAACAAUGUAUGGUGCCAAUGUCAUUAUAUUUGAAGGUAUUUUAACCUUUUACAAUGCAGAGGUAUUGAGGAUGUUAGAUAUGAAGUUGUUUGUAGAUACAGAUGCUGAUGUGAGGUUAGCUAGGAGACUGCGUCGUGAUAUAUCUCAACGAGGCAGAGAUCUUGAGGGAGUUCUGAAACAGUAUUGUAACAUGGUGAAGCCUGCAUUUCUUCACUAUAUUGCACCAUCAAUGGUUCAUGCCGAUAUCAUAGUACCUAGAGGCGGAGAUAACACUGUAGCCAUUGAGCUCAUAGUUCAUCAUGUACAUACACAGCUUCAAAAGCGAGGUUUCAAGCUGAGAGAGAAACUUGCUCAUUCUUAUAUUGGCCAGCCCUUACCAGAUUCUUUGCAUUUAUUGCCAUCCACUCCUCAAAUUUGUGGCUUGCACACACUCAUACGUAACAAAGAAACACCUCGAGAUGAGUUUAUAUUUUACUCAAAACGACUGAUUCGUCUUGUUAUUGAAUAUGCCCUAUCUUUACUUCCAUUUAAGGAGGUCAUUGUAGAAACACCUCAGGGUGUACUUUAUGAAGGCAAGAGAUGUGCGAGUGAAAAAAUUUGUGGUGUUUCAAUAUUGCGUGCUGGAGAGACGAUGGAGCAAGCUGUUUGUGAUGUCUGUAAAGAUAUACGGAUUGGAAAGAUUCUUAUACAAACUAAUUUUGACACGGGAGAGCCAGAGCUGUACUAUUUACGACUUCCUAAAGAUAUAAAAGACUAUAAGGUAGUUUUGAUGGAUGCCACAGUAGCUACUGGAGCAGCAGCAAUGAUGGCUAUCAGGGUUUUGCUUGAUCAUGAAGUGCUUGAAGAAAACAUUAUGGUUGUCUCAUUGCUCAUGGCUGAAUCUGGUGUUCACUCAAUAGCUUAUGCCUUCCCUAAUGUGCAAAUUGUUACAUCUGCUUUGGACAAAGAGAUAAAUGAAAAGUUUUAUGUAUUGCCAGGUAUUGGCAAUUUUGGUGACCGAUAUUUCGGAACUGAACCUUCGGAAGAGUGUUGAGCAGGUCGUCCUAUAUUCGGAGGCAGAUUUGUUUCCAGGAUUGUAAGUGGCUGCCUCCAAAUCUAAAGCCUUUUCAUGUACCAUUUGUGCUUCUAGUGACCAAUCUGCUGUCUUUUUCACAGAUUCUUGUGUCUCAGUAAAACUUAUCAACAUUGAACCUUUGCAUAGCUAUAGGUUGCGGAGGAUUGUAGUGGGCUGUGAUGAUUGGAGGCAGCCUCUGUAAAUUUUGAGCUAAUCUAAUCUAUACUUUUUCUUGAUCUAUUUUUAUUUUGCUCAAUGGGUAUGGAAAUUUUGAGGUACUGAAGUCUUAUAUAGGUGCAGUAUUUUUUAUAAUUGGUCAAUUGCAAUUGUUUUGUGGGUCCAAGGUCUUUUACCGUCCUAUUGUCUCCUCAUUUGCAUUCAUGGCCUGUCAUGUCAGGAAUAUCUCUUUUGUUUUGAUGAUCCGCAUGUGAGCAUUGUUGUUAUAAUAGUGCUCUGAAUCCCAAGAAAAAAAAUCUCAUUUGCUGUGAUUGAAAAAUCAAUUACCGGUACUUUACUAAUUUGACUCUUAUAUAAUUGAUUGUAUUAUGAAGGUGGUACAGGGAUUGUUUCCUAGUCUUCAUGUUGCGCUUCGCCCUCUUGAUGAGUGCUAUGAGCUUUUGUCCUUCAAUAGCUUUAGUAUUGAACAGCCCUAGAUUUAUUAUUCUAUUCUUUUGCUUUACUGUUUUUAAUAUGAGAUUGUUUUAUUUUUAAAAAACAACAACAACUUGAGAUACAAUGAAAAUAUUCUAAUUUUUAGGUGCAGACAAUUGAUUCUAUUUUUUUUUUUUUGUAAGUUAAUAUUUAAUACCUUGUUUGCUUCAAUUGUACUAAUUAUUUGUGUUGAUUUUUACAAAUAGAUAAAGGUACAGUGACAUAAGUCAAACUUAAGAUCUUAGCAUUUUAAAGUUUUACAAAUCAAGUUUUGAGGAAUUUUUCUAUGGGGUUUACCAGUUGCAAUUGUUCCCUUACAACGAUUUCGUUGUCCUCCAUUCAAGUCCGCCUCAUAAUUUUCCAAGUAUGCCACAACAUACUUGUUUUUGUCAUUUGGAAAAUGAAAGUCUUUGCUUGUCAAAGUUAGUAGCAAGUCAACACACCAGUGAGGAAUGACUAGUCAAAUUAGUCAAACUUGGAACCAAGUUCUGAUUUGGCCCCAGCAGGUCCAAUGAUUUGUAAUAUUUUGAAAGUAUUUUUGUCUUUUAGGAAUGUAUUUUUGGCUGAACAUUGGUGGAUGUAGUCUCGUGAUGUGAGUACCAAGCUUUGGCUCAGACCCCAAUGUCUUCUAAAAUUUGUUCAAAUUUGGUGACCCAGUCAUAGUGAUACCAGAAAGGAACGUAACCUUGCCUCACAAGACAUGAGACUAAAUCCACCAUAUAAGGUACAGUGCAUAUGGAUUUAAACGUAUGUUAUUAUUGUAAAUGUAUAAGAUUUAUUUUUGAA